CAGUUGUAUAAAUUGGGGAACCCGAAGCUGAACCGAUUCAUUCAGUCGUUAAGAUCUGAUGAGAUCAGUGCUUGGUUCAACCAAUUUAUUCUAAUUUUUUUACAAACUAUUUUAAACGUGUUAACUGCUUCAAAAGCUUCAACAUGGUUCUCACGCAAAAACUAAACGGAACUUCGGAACAGGAUGAGGAGAGAAUGGUGUGUCAACCGUUGCAUCAUCUUGACACCCCAUAUGAGAAGGCAACUUUCGGAAUGGGAUGCUUCUGGGGAUGUGACUCCCUAUUUGGCGCCACCAAAGGUGUUCUGCGAACGAUAGUUGGUUAUUCAGGUGGCACCACCCCUUCACCUGUGUAUAGAAAUAUGGGUGACCAUACGGAAGUUAUCGAGAUUCACUACGAUCCGACACAGAUCACUUUUCUGGAUUUGCUGGAGUUGUUCUGGAAUAACCACGAGUACGGACUAACGACUCGCAUCAAGCGUCAGUACAUGUCCCUGAUUUUGUAUCACAAUGAAGAACAACGUCAAAUCUCGGAAAAGAGCCGCCAGGAGGAGCAAAUCAAACGGGCACCGGAACAAAUCAUCACCGAAAUCGCACCUGCCGGAAUCUUCUAUCCUGCUGAAGACUAUCACCAAAAAUAUCGGCUUCAAAGUCACCGUGAGCUGGCCAAAGGAAUCGGUUUGAAGGCGGAACUGCUGCACAGCUCCCAUGUGGCUGCACGUCUCAAUGGCUACCUCAUUGGAGUCGGAGGCCUGGAUCAGUUUGAUGCAGAUGCGCAUCGGCUUGGACUCUCGAAGGAUCAAAUUCAGUACGUGCGCGAUUAUGUGCGAGACAACGAGGGUGGCGGGAUUUUCUGCUAGAGGUCCGCGCACUGCUCUGAACUGCUUUUAAUUUUAAUCUUAACCUAGACUGUUACUUUUAAUUUCGUGUUUAUGGUAGUGUUUUUAUAAAAUGUUAUCAUAUCCAAAUAUCCAAACGUCGUAAGAUAGAUUCGUUCGUAUAGUUGUUUACUGUAUUAGAUGUAAGUGUUACAAUGUGAAUAAAUAUUAUAUGUAAAGUA